CCCCAGCCUGCUUCCACAGAUGGACCCUGUACAGAAGGCUGUGCUCUCCCACACUUUUGGGGGACCCUUGCUCAAGACCAAGCGGCCGGUCAUUUCCUGUAACGUCUGUCAGAUUCGCUUCAAUUCUCAGAGCCAGGCUGAGGCGCACUACAAGGGCAACCGCCAUGCCCGAAGAGUCAAGGGCAUUGAGGCCGCCAAGACUCGAGGCAGGGAGCCCGGCGUCCGGGAACCUGGAGACCCAGCCCCGCCAGGCAGCACCCCCCCAAGCGGGGAUGGCGUAGCACCCCGCCCAGUUUCCAUGGAGAAUGGACUGGGUCCAGCCCCAGGAUCCCCAGAGAAGCAGCCUGGCUCUCCAUCCCCUCCCAGCGUCCCGGAGACUGGCCAGAGUGUAACCAAAGGGGAAGGGGGGACUCCAGCCCCGGCUUCCCUGCCUGGGGGUAGCAAGGAAGAGGAGGAGAAAGCCAAGAGGCUGCUGUACUGUGCUCUGUGCAAAGUGGCUGUGAACUCCCUGUCCCAGCUCGAGGCACACAACAAAGGUACUAAGCACAAGACAAUUCUGGAGGCCCGAAGUGGGCUGGGGCCCAUCAAAGCUUACCCUCGGCUGGGGCCGCCCACCCCAGGGGAACCAGAGGCUCCUGCCCAGGACCGAACCUUCCACUGUGAGAUCUGCAAUGUCAAGGUCAACUCGGAGGUCCAACUGAAGCAGGUGGGUCUCAGGCCCUUCCCCGCUGAGCGGGGAAGGAGAGCAAGGAGCCCGGGCGAGGGCCCUUCUCCGGGCUCUGCCCGGGGCGCCAGGGGGCGGGCGCGCCCGGCUCCGGCCGCGCCUCUCCUGCAGGGCCCGCCGAUCACGCACCCCCUGCUCCACCCGGCUCCCGGACCCAUCCGAACUGCGCACGGACCCAUCCUCUUCUCCCCCUACUGACCUCAACCCUGAACCCCUCCCGUUCGACUCCCCACCUCCAGCCGGGACCCAGGCCUCCGGGCUCCCAGCCCGCCCCUCCUCCCGGCACUCCCUGAGUGAUCUCUCCUUCCCCCCCACCCCGAGGUACGGGGUUCCAGGAAAGGGGAGGGGCAGCGGGGGAGGGGGGCUUCAGAAGGGGGGGACACCCCAGAUCUCAGGGAACCCCGCCCCCUGCCUUUCCCUCUCCCCUAGAAAAGGGGGGGCCGUCUCACCCCCGAGCCCCCUUGGAGACACCCCCCCUCCCAAAAGCCAUGUCCAUCCAGCCCUUCCCCCCAAACCUAGCACAAAACGGGGUUCACAAGCCAUGGUCGGGGUCCGGGCGGCAGAAAUGGUUUUUCUUGGCAAUAAGCGGACUCUGGGACUCCGGCCCCCUCCCCCGAACUGAAGCGCUUCCGUGAACAGCCCCGUCCUCCGCAGGGGGAGGGGAGCAGGCGGGAUCCUGGGUCCCUCAUUCGCACUUUGGUUUUACCGCCUGCAACCUCACUGUGCCCGCCCCGCACCACGCCCCAGCCCCAGGUCCAGCCGGGCCCACCGCAGGGGGCAGCACUUGGGGCAUCUCUGGCACUUGGGUGGGACCAAGGAGAUGCCCCCACAGACCUUUCCCUCGCCUUCGUCCUCCCCAGUCCGGGUUCCAUUCUUCUCACCAGCACCCAUCGCCCAAGGGGUACCGAGGGGGGCAAGGGGUGUCCGGUCCAAGCCCACCCCCGCCUCGCCUUCCGCAAAACUGUGAGCAAAAAGCAAUAGAAGCCUCGCCCCCGCCCCUCCCCUCCCCUCCGCAGGAUUCGCCGAGUCUGUAGCCUCCCGUCCCGCUCCUAGACCUCGUGGCUGUCCCCUCCCACCAGACUCCUCCACUGCACAACUCGGGCGGGGGCGUGACACCACCCCUCCCCGGGGUUUCCGUACCGUCAGCCCUCCGGCCGCCGACCCGGGAGGGGACCGGCCCCCACCGGCCUUCCCCUUCCCAUCAACUCUUUCUGCUUGACAAUGUAGCAACCUGGUCCCCGCCCACGUCCUCCCCGUUCUCCUCUCCCUGACAAUAAAGUCUGAAUUCGUUCUGCCCUCCGC